CGUGUCUCGAUAGCCAGGAAACAGUAGAACGGAGCGCCAAUGAGAAAGCGAGAAAUCGAGAGGAAACGGAUGUGACUUAAGGUUGCAGGCGGAAGUUGUAGCAUCCAGAGUACGCCAAGGGUGUCUGAGCCGAGAGAUUGAUCAGCUUUCUUGGCACAAUGGGUCGUCACUUCGGAGAUUUGGCCAAGAUAAGGCAUGUGAUCACCUACAGUAUUUCUCCCUUUGAGCAGAGGGCUUUCCCAAACUACUUUUCUAAGGGAAUCCCAAAUAUUUGGAGACGAUUCAAAACGUCUGUAUUCAAGGUUGCACCACCCAUGGUUCUGAUGUACCUGACCUACACAUGGGGCAAUCACGUUCAUGAACAGACCAAAAGAAAGAACAUUGCAGACUAUGAGAAUUAACAGUGAAAUCGCUCAGCUGAGGAUGUAACUUCUCAUUUCUGUUCAAUAAAGAAAUAUUUAUGUGAAAAAUGGA